AUAGAUACCAAGAGAAAGAAGAAUGAGGAAGCGUAGUAUUUUGAAACUCAAUUAAACCAUAAAUACUAAGCAGAAUAGAAACCUGCAGGGUUUCUGAAAUUUUGAGAAUGACGGCUGCUGAGGACAACAAACUUGCUGUGGACCCGACACCUGAUGCACCAGAAACGUCACACCAGGGGUCACCACCAUCACCACUGACUCCAAACACUGCAAUACCGCUGCCGUAUUAUACCGAGUCAGUUAACACUGUAACUGUACCUAAAGCCCAGCAUAAUAACAGUCCAGACCCCAACAAUGAACCCCUGUCCAAGUCGCUGUACUUACCCCCCAGUGUGGAGCUGUUACCCUCCUACUACCCCCCGGGCCACCAGAGCAGCCCUCAGGCUCAGGGAGAGGGGAAGGACGCCUGCAGCAAGGAUGUAAAGGAUUCCAGUGCCACCCCGGGAGUGUGUGGUCUGCGUAACCUAGGCAACACCUGCUUCAUGAACUCGGGAUUGCAGUGUGUGCUCAGCAACCCCUACCUGGUCAAGUUCUUUGUGGAGAAUUAUGUCCAGGGAAAGAGUCUGACUGAGGACAGUACGCUGACAGGCAAGUUCUGUCAUCUCCUCCACAAAGUCUGGUGUGGACAGUUCUCAGGGAUAUACCCUCUGGACUUCAAGGAGAUCCUGNUUUUUUUUUCUUUGCAUUUAUGCAAAAUUGCUGUUUCAUACAUCCUUAUUUAA